AGGCCGUGUAUCGUAAGGCGCGCAGUGCACUUUUGUGUAUCAACAAAACGGCGGCAAGAAAGAUACGGUCGACGAAUGGCAACCCGUUUUUAAUGUGUAGCUCUUUUGACGUACCGCCCUCGAAUCGGAAUGUUUACUCAUCCCCGAUUCCUAUCCGCAGGUGAAAUCGAUCGGUGCCUGAAGAAAGUCACUGAAGGAGUGGAAACGUUCGAGGAUAUUUGGCAGAAAGUUCACAAUGCUACAAAUAGCAACCAAAAGGAAAAGUAUGAGGCGGAUCUCAAGAAGGAAAUCAAAAAGCUGCAGCGGUUACGUGAUCAGAUCAAAUCAUGGAUCGCAUCCGGCGAGAUCAAGGAUAAAAGCGCUCUGCUGGAAAACCGUCGGCUCAUAGAAACCCAAAUGGAGCGGUUUAAGGUGGUCGAACGGGAAACCAAAACGAAAGCAUACUCGAAGGAGGGUCUCGGAGCGGCCCAGAAGAUGGAUCCGGCGCAGCGGGAAAAGGAGGAGAUUAGCAGCUGGUUAACGUCGGCCAUCAACUCGCUGCAGAUCCAGAUCGAUCAGUUCGAGUGCGAGAUCGAGUCGCUGCUGGCGGGCAAGAAGAAAAAGCUCGACAAGGACAAGCAGGACAAGAUGGACGAGCUGAAGGGCAAGCUGGAGAGGCACAAGUUCCACGUCACGAAGCUCGAGACGCUGCUGCGGAUGCUCGACAACGAUGGUGUCGAGGUGGAGCAGAUAAAGAAAAUCAAGGAGGACGUAGAGUACUACAUCGAUUCUUCGCAAGAGCCGGACUUCGAGGAAAACGAGUACAUCUACGACGAUAUCAUCGGAUUGGAUGAUGUGGAAAUCUCCGGCAUCCCGGUGUCAACUGGCACGGACAGCAAUAACAGCAACGAGACGGCCGGUUCGCCCAGCAGUCUGAUAUCGGGAACUAGUCCGGCGCAGUCGCCGGUGCUGAACUACAGCGCGAGCACGCUGCACAACCACAGCAGCGAUCUGUCGGCCGAUAAUAACAAUCUAAGCGAGAAGCGUCCCAAGCCCGAUGGCACGAAGAUAACGCCGGUAAAACCGACUGCAAUCCGAGCUAGCAAAGUGGAUCCCUCGGUCCUGGCGGUCAGCAAUGUCGUGAACAACAACAACGGCAGCAGCAACGCGAACAGCAGCAACAUCGGCAGCGGCAUCAUCGGCAGCAACAGCAGCAACAACAAUUCGUCCAAACCGGGGUUGAUCAGCUCGACGCCUAGCAAAAACCACGCCAACGCUGGUCCGGCACCGAGCGGGUUGCAGCCACCUCCGAACAGUAUAUCGCUCAAUGGGCCCGCUUUCGCUGCGGUGGCGAAACAGCACGCCAGCAAAAAUGGUUCCACAACGCAGUCGAGUGCGACGUCGGGGUCCGUGUCGUCCGCGGGUGCAUCGUCGAGCAUCGGUCCGCAAGCUCCGAAUGCAUCGAAUGUCUUCAACCUCAGUCAGAUUAUUAAUGCAUCUCAACCUAAGCUUAGUCAGUCGCAGCAGCAGCAGCAGAAUCAGACGCAGCAAAAUAGUAUGCCGAGUGCGGCGGCCGUGGUUGCCGCGGCCAACAGUGGCAAUGUGCAGCCAUCGACUCAAGCAGUACCAUCGUCACAGCAGCAACCCCAGCAGCAGCAGCAGCAGCAGCAGCAGCAGUCGCAGCAACAAACGGCGCAGCAGCUACAAUCCCAGCAGAUUCCUUCCGUGCAGAAUUCCAUGCUUCUACACAGCGGUGGCCAACCGCUGUCGUCGUCUGCGGCGAGCACCGAGAGCGGCAAUCAUGUAAUUAGCACCUCGUCCGCGGCCACGAUCAGCAGUAGUGGCCCGAAUGUUAUUAAUAACUGUGUCUCGCCAAGCAAUUCCGCAGUCAGUAGCAGGGCGUCUCCCAGUUUAAUGUCACCACCGCAGCAGCAGCAGCAACAGCAGCAGCUGUUAAAUGGUCCUACAACACUCGCGCAAGAAGUGAUAAAUAGAACGGGAGUUCUCGAAAGUGGCCCUAGCCCCAAUCCCAACAGCUUGAUGCAACAACAGCAGAGCCAACAGCAGCAGCAGAAUGUGCAAGGUGCAUCUGCGGCAGCGGCAGCCGCAGCGGCCGCCGCAGCAGUGGCAGUCGCGUCCGCUCAGCAACAAGCGACAGCGGUGGCAGUGGCCGCGGCCGCUGCAGCCGCAGCUGCCGUCGCCGGACAGCAGCAGCAGCAGCAGCAGCAGCAACAAUCGCAACAGCAGCAACAACAAUCGCAGCAGCAACAACAACAGACACAACAGCAGCUACCACUACCACAGCCAGUGGACACGAGACAGACCGUUCCUCCCAAUCAGUCCGCUCAACUGCAAGGCCCGCCGGCGUCGUUCAUGGUCGAUGCCGGCAGUGGCGGUGGCGGUGGAGUGGCAGGCGCCGGCCUCAUACCGACGUCAUCGGCCACUGCCAUCACCAACGGACCGAACACGAUCAUCAACACAAACACUAGUAUUUCGAGCGCCGCCAGCGUGAACAGUGGCACCGGCGGAAGCCUUAAUCCUGCCGGCACGCACGAGGCAUGCAUACCGCCGCUGCUUGGCGUCGCCCCGCUCGGUACGUCCAAGCUGCAGAAGGAGCAUCAAAUACAAUUCCAACGGAUGGAAGCCGCUUACUAUCAUCUGCCAACGCCGAGCGACUCGGAGAGGCUAAGGACGUACUUGCAACGUCAACCCGUGCAAACACCAGGGCACUUUCCACAGCAACAACUUCCACAUUCUGACACGGUUGAGUUUUUCCAGCGUCUUUCCCCCGAGACGCUUUUCUUCGUGUUUUACUACAUGGAGGGAACGAAAGCUCAAUAUUUGGCCGCGAAAGCGCUGAAAAAGCAGAGCUGGAGAUUUCAUACGAAAUACAUGAUGUGGUUCCAGCGCCACGAGGAGCCGAAAGUGAUCAACGAAGAGUACGAGCAGGGAACCUACAUCUAUUUUGAUUAUGAAAAAUGGGGCCAGCGUAAAAAGGAAGGGUUUACGUUUGAAUACAAGUACUUAGAAGACAGGGACCUGAAUUGAUCUUUACAGAUUACGGAACUCCUUUUUUAAAAAACAUGUGGAAAAGCGUAAUGGAACGAAAAAAAUCUGUCAAUAAAAAUUAAAAAAUGUUCAGAAAAAAAACAACACGAAAUCACGAGCAAAAUCCGCACGAGCAUCCGCGACGACAAAAUAGGACAAACGGCCGGCAAAAACACAAACCAUCAGCACACCAAACUAACGACGACGAUGUUGCUGGAAAAGGCGAGCGGCUUAAUUGGCGUGCGGAGUAUCUCAGUUCGAGGCAAGGCUUUAUAGGCCGAUUUCUUUUUCUCUCUCCUCCGUUGGAUGAUGAUCGUCGUUUCGUUCAAAACGCAACAUUUGUUCCGGAAGCAUUUUUCUUGCCGCUUUGUUUGCACCACAGCAACCCGUUGCUAGGAUGGAUUGGCAGCUUUAGCGAAUUCGCCAGCGAUCGCAAAGCUAUCUUUGAUGGUUCGUCUUACGAGACACACACACACAACAUGUCCCCUUAUUGGUAGGUGUUAAUUUUGGGUGUGAGCUUCUUCUCUUCCAGGGUCCAUUAGCAGCUGUUUCUCGUUCAAUAGAAGACCCGCGAUUUGUUGUAUUCGGAGUCUUUUGUGGGAUCGCCUCAAAACUUGCUUCUCCGCAAGAUGCUCCGAUUCCGAGUCGGACAACGGUGGUAACAAUAUUAUAGGACGGAUCACUCACACAACACAACACAACACACACACAAACUCAGACACAGUACUACGUAAACUUAAUCCUAGAAGAUUGAUGAUGGAGAGAAAAGCUUUUAAAAAGAACGAAACGAACAUAAAAAACGAUGAGAAAAUUUAGAGAAAACCAUGAAAAAAAGUAUGCAAAUACAUAUUGUUUAGAUGUAAUCUCGUGGCCUGGAUGCCGGGGAUGUGUUGACGUGGGUCGGCCGUCGGGUGUACUGUAGAUUUUGAUUCCACGUUACAACCGUCUGAAACACACACACUCACACACACACACUUUCUUCAUCAGUGGCCACCGAUCACCAUGGUUCGACUCCUUGCGGUUUUAUCAUUAAACCCAUUUCCCAUUCAUGUUGUUACGUCCGACCGACCGGUUGGCCGACCAUUUUGUAAAAAGAGAAACCACACUAGACAAAAAAAACGACACACUUCAUGCUGGUCACAGGAGUCCUGUUUCAUCCCGUGCGUCUACAUUUAGUCUCUGUCGAAUCGAUUCUAGGCCUGCAAAUAGAUAGGGGGAGGGCGCUUCCCAGUAUUGCCGUCACCCAGCGUUCGCGGAACAUAUUCUCAGUUCUGUUACCGGUUUAUCUCCUGACCUUUGCUGCUGUACAUUGUCAGCGCUUCGUAGGGCUGAAACGGAUAGUAAAUAUGGUCGUCAACGUUCCGUCAGCGUGUUCUGUAGAGCAAAAGCAGAAAAGAAAGUAUAAAACAAAAUCCCCCCCUUGGUCGGAACAUUCACCGCUCGGACCUCUGAAUGUUCGCGAGGCGCCACAAUCUCGAAUAAGUGUAAUUGCAUAAACAUGAACAAGUUGUCAAGAUGAUGGUAGAACGGGGCAAGAAAACUCAGAACAACAACAUGUUUCCGGGCGCCCGGAUCGGCCUCGUUUCGGUGGAGUGAAAGAAGCAAUUUAAGAUGAAAACUAUCAAACGGCGGAUCCCGCCACAGCUCCGUUGCCCGGCGAGUCUGAAAGCUGCUGGUGACCAUUUACCAGCUGGUUCCAUUUGUGUUGGAAUCAACGAACGGACAUGGUCCGUCAGCCGCGCUCAGUUCCGCCUUAACGAGGGGGAGUCUAGGAGACAAUUAGGCGGAAGCGCGAGCGGUCAACGGUAUCUCGCGAUUGAAACCCUAUUCGGUGGAAGAUGGCUAGCCUUAAGGGAGGAGGUGUGCGCUCUGUCUAUCGAUACCGAAUGCGACGGUGUUCGGUGUAGGAUUAAAUACUACUGUCCCAGUCAAAGUACUCUCCGAAUCGAAGAGGAAAUGGGACACUGCGUUCGGGCAUCAGGAAGCGUAGUGGGGCAAGGAAGUGGUUUUCCGGCACGCAAACAAGCCUCUUGCGCGCACCACCUGCCCAGAACUGAUCCCGGAUGGAGCCAGGAGAGGCGUAGCUCUGUGUGUCCCUCCCGGAGGUGUGUAGCGCGUGCGGGUUUGUUCUGCCGGCUGACACUGCCAAUACAAAAACCUUCCGCGAUGAGUGGGGCGAAGCGAAGCGAACGAUGCAGAAAUCGUUCAAACGCUAUGACGGUAGGAAAAAGGAUCAAUUGAAUGUAAAAAAAAUCGGAGCACAGUAGAAAGGAUCAAUAAUAAAUCGAAAAAAAGAGGAAUAAAGUAAAAUCAGUGAACUAAAAAAAGAAAACAAACGAAAAUACUUAGGAAAUGUUGCUAAACCAUCGACGCAAAACCGUUAAGCCACCGCCAAUGGGGGACAACGCACGUGAACAUUUCUUGACCCACGAAUGACGAUAAAUGAAUGAACAAAACAACUGCAUUAAAAUGUGAUUUAUAAUUAUAGAUAAACUGAUUGAGUAAUUAUUAUUGAAAUAAAAGCUCUAUAUAUU